AGAUGCCAGUCAUCUUUUUGUUGUCGCUUCGGAAAUUCGCAUUUAAAACCAAUAAUAUUUUAUAAUUAUCGCCAUGUCCGUGCGCGUGAUCAAUGAUGAGUCCCACUUCCAGGCGGAGCUGGCACAGGCGGGCGUUCGCCUAGUGGUAGUGGACUUCACGGCCACCUGGUGCGGUCCCUGCCAGCGGAUUGCCCCCAUUUUCGAAAUGUUCCCGAACAAGUACCCGAAGGCGAUCUUCCUGAAGGUGGACGUGGACAAGUGCCAGGAUACGGCCGCCGGCCAGGGCGUUUCGGCCAUGCCCACAUUCAUCUUCUACAGGAACAGGACCAAAAUCGACCGCAUCCAGGGAGCGGACGUCAACGGACUGGAGGCUAAGAUCCAAGAGCACAUCGGCACCAGUAGUGGUGAGGAUGCCGGCGAGGACUACGGCCAGGGCUUGAUGGAACUGAAUACUUUCAUCUCGAAGCAAGAAUGCGAGUGUCUCAACGAAGCCGAUGACCAUAACUUAAAGCAUGCCCUGGCCUCCGCCGGCGGCUACCUGCAGUCCGACUGCGAUGAGCAGCUCAUCCUCUCCAUCACCUUCAAUCAGGCCGUCAAGAUCCACUCGUUGAAGUUCAAGGCGCCUUCGCAACUGGGUCCCAAGGAUGUCAAGCUGUUCAUCAACCAGCCGCGCACCAUUGACUUUGACAUGGCCGAGUCCAUGACCAGCGUGCAGGAUUUGAGCCUGGCUGAAAAGGAGCUGGAGAACGGCGUUCCUGUCAAUCUGCGCUACGUCAAGUUUCAGAACGUGCAGAACAUCCAGAUUUUCGUGAAGAACAACCAGUCGGGUGGCGAUGUAACGCAGAUCGACUACAUCGGCUUCAUUGGCUCUCCCAUCAUGACCACCAAGAUGAACGACUUCAAGCGGGUAGCCGGCAAGAAGGGCGAGAGCCACUAGACUACCCACUAGGAUUCCAAUGAAAAUUUCAGCGAUUUCCCAAUGACGUCCCGGAGCUUCUCUUUAACUUUCGACUUACAAAUAAGCAAUGUACAACAAAUGCAUAAAAAACCAUACAAAAAAAUAA